UUGGAUAAUGCAUCCUCUAAUGAUGUUUUUGCUGAAAAUCUCAAGGGGGAACUUGACUUAAUUUGUGGGGGGGGGGAGUUUUUUCAUGUGAGAUGUUGUGCUCACAUCUUAAAUUUGAUUGUUCAAGAUGGUUUAAAAGAGAUUGAUGCUGCUGUGAUUAAGGUUAGGGAGAGUGCUAAAUAUUGUAAAGGUUCCCAAUCUAGGAAAGACAGAUUCAAAACUUGUGUUGCUCAUGUUGAACUACAAUCGGUUAAAGGUUUGAAACAAGAUGUUCCUACGAGAUGGAAUUCUACCUACUUGAGGCUUGAGAGUGCCUUGUAUUACAAAAAAGCAUUGAUUCAUUUUAAAAAAAUUGAUGCAAAUUAUGUUCAUUGUCCUUCCACAUAAGAGUGGGCUAGAAUAGAAAUUUUUUUCAAGUUUUUGAAGGUUUUUUAUGAAGUAACCCUUGCUUUUUCUGGAACUAAAUAUCCUACUGCCAAUCUAUAUUUUAACAAUGUGUUGAGGGUUAGAUUGUUGCUGAAAAAUGAAAUGGGAAGUUCUGAUUUGUGUAUGCAAAAGAUGGCUAGUAAGAUGAAUGAAAAAUUUGGGAAAUAUUGGUCUGAAUUUAGCACUUUUAUGGCUGUUGCUGUGGUGUUAGACCCACGUUUUAAGUUGCAAUGUGUUCAUUGGAGUUUUAAGAGGGUUUAUGGGGAUAGUUUUGAGUAUGAGUUCGAGUUUUCCAAGGUUAAAGAUAAGUUGAAAGAAUUGUAUGAAGUUUAUGCCGCCUCUUAUGCCGCCUCUCAUGCAUCAUCAAGCAAAAAUAUGGCUGCUCAUGGAGAAAGUGGGGUUGUUGGAGUUUCUUCAAGUGAUGAUUUGAUGACGGAUUUUGAUUGUUUUUCUGCCGAACAAUCAACCGUGACUGCCAAAAGUGACAUGGAGCUGUAUUUUGAGGAGCACAUUAUCCCUCGCACUACCAACAUCGAUUUAUUAUCGUAUUGGGAAGGGAAUAAGGUCCGUUAUCCGGUAUUAGCUCAACUUGCAAAGGAUGUACUUGCUGUCCCCAUUUCUACUAUGGCCUCCGAAUCAGCUUUUAGUACCGGAGGUCGGGUACUAGAUUGCUUUAGGAGCUCCUUGAAGCCUUCCACUGUUGAGGGUAUCAUAUGCCUAAGGGAUUGGUCAUUUGGUGAAGGUAAUAAAACUUUUUAUUACUUCAAUUUUAGCUAGUUUUCUUCUUAUUGGCUUUGUUUUUUAAUUUGAAUUUUUUUAACUAUGUAGCAAAAAUGGAUCCGCAACUUGAUGCGUUAUGCGGAGCCGUCAUGAAGCUCAAGGUCGAAGAUGAAGUGGAUGAGGUGCCUAUACAAUCGCCUUCCCUAAGUGUUAACCUUGAGAGUCCUCGUGAAUCGACCUCAACUAUGUUUGUUUGAGUUGUGGUCUUGUGAACUUGUGAACUUGUGGUUGUCUAACUCUAAAACAUUAAGGAUUUGGUUUGUAAUAUUUUUAAGUAUGAACUUGGUACUUAGUAGUUAGUAUUAUAUAUGUUAUUGCCAAGUAUGAAUUUGGUUGGCUAAGUUUAUUGAAAUUUCAUUGAAUUAUGCAAUUGUUUUGAAU